GCUGUGAAGGUUCCCUGGAAUGCCUUGGCAGUAAGCGGGUCAAUUGUGGAGAUCCCAUGUAUGUUUGAUUACCCCACCAGUGGCAGAAAUCCACGGGUUCUCUGGUUAAAAGGAGAUUCCAAACCAAGAGCCCCAGGGGUUAGUAUUAUCUACAGUGGCCGAGAUCCAGUCAGUGUGAACCAUGAAUAUGAAGGGAGAACAGAAUUGAGUGGGAACCUGACAAAGAAACAAUGUUCAUUACUGAUAAAACAUGUCAGGAAGAGAGAUGAAGGAGAGUAUUAUAUCAAGGUGAAGAUUACUAACAACAGGAAUGCAUCAGAUUCCUACUCCAACAGUAUUCCUGUAUCUCUCCGUGUUCUGGAGAAGCCUCAAAUCGCAGCAUCUAGCAGGAACAAUUUUGAGAAUUCCUGGACUCUUUUAUCAACUUUCUCCUUCACUCCAUCCGCUGACCAUCAUGGACAGACCCUGAUCUAUGAGCUUAUAAAGGCUGAUGGAGUGGUGACUGGUCAACAAACUCUUAGACUGGAUGUAAAAUAUGAACCCAUUUUAGUCAUUGGUCUGAACUGCACCAGUUCCAGGAAUGAGGCUUCUUGUACCUGCAUCGUCAAAGCCAAUCCUCCAGUCACCAUCACAUGGAACAUCAGUGGGAAAAACAUCACGGGGAACACUUCCGAUGUUACAGUCUAUUCCUGGGCAGUGAAUAACGGCCUGAUUCAGAGCUCGCUAACACUGACUCACCUAAGUGGAUCUGAAGAGCAGAUCAUAUGCAGGGCAGGGAACGAGAAUGGCGUUACUGUCAUUAAAUCUCAGCUAAAUUCAACAGAUUUUAAGUACAGGAGUACGGUGAAAAGUAGUCAGAGCCAAUCCUUCAGUAAAUGUCACACGGACCCUCAUAGGAGAAAGAUUGCAGGAAAUACUUCAGACAUUAUAGUCUAUUCCUGGACAGUGAAUAAUGGCCUGAUCCAGAGCUCCCCCACACUGAUUCAUCUCACUGGCUUUGAACAGCUAUUCUCGUGCAUAGCUGAGAACGAGCAGGGUGGCAGCGUCAGCAGGUACCAACUCUGUUCCACUGGUACAUCUCCGAAUGUUCUCACAUGUAAUUAUUGGAAACAGCUUACUCCAUCACAAAGUCAACUCGGGUAUUCAUCUGCAUCUUUUUUCCACCCAGCACAACAAACCAAAGCUAUAUACAAUGAUUCACUGAAUCAAUCAUUAAAUCCAGUGUUGAUAUUUUUCGAUCAACCUGUUGAGACAUCUUGCUCCACAUCUCUGGGGCAGGAAGAAGAAAAGAGACCAGUUGCCAUUCCCACAGCCAAUUUGACUCAGCACCCAUUGGACACGGAGACUCUCCAUACUCCCUUCGCAAGCGUCUGCCUCUCUUUUGCCAGUUUACAACCAAAUCAGACAUCAGCAACAGCAGAAGCCAAUGCGCUGCGCAUUGCCACAGAAAACUGUCAAGAAGAGAACAUCGACUGUUUUCAGGAAGAGGAUAGAUAUAGUCCUUAG